UUCGUUUACGUCCUAAUUUUGUACAUUUCAGUACGUUAGUGAGCAAAUGUUGUGUAAACUCGGUGAUUUUAUAAACCGACAUUCCCGGUGGUGCUUCAUGAAAGUCACUAGAAAAUGUAUAAAGGCGCUAUAUCAUUAUUUAUCAUUAAUCGAAAUUGAUUGCAUACAUUUCAUCAAAGGUUUCAGUGCUUUUUUUCAAACUACUCUUGAUAGAGGAAGAUUAACAUUUUAAUCAUAUUUCGACACAAUGGUUGAAAAUGCUAAAUGUUGUGUCCUACAAUGGACUGAUCAUCCAAAAUAUAUUACAGAAAAAUUUAGUGGACUAUUGGCACGUCAAGCACUUGUUGAUGUAACACUCGUAUGUGAAGAUCAGAAGCUACGUGUUCAUAAACUGAUUUUAGCAUCAAAUAGUAUAUAUUUCGAGGAGAUUCUACAACAAGAUUUGGGUCAAGAACCAGUUAUAUUUUUGAAAGACUUAAACUUUGAAAUUUUGAAGGCCAUGGUUGAAUUCAUGUAUUGUGGAGAAACAACAAUUCCUUAUCAAUUAUUAUCACCUUUGUUAACUGCCACAAAAAAAUUUAAGGUUAAAGAAUUGACAACUGUGGUUGAUGCCAUGAUGAGUUCUAAUGUAGGAAGUUUUGAAAUCAAUGACAUGGACAAAGAAGUUACUAAAACAAAGAUUAUAAGCAAUACAUGUAAUAAUACAGAUUAUAUACAUGUAAAGUGUAAUGAACUUGUUAAGAACGAGUGCUUUGUACUUUGUAAUAAGAGUAAUAGUGAUGUGAAUACAAGUGAAAAUCAAUCUUCAGAAGGUAAUACAAUUAGUGAUUCUCCUGAACAAGAAUUAGAACAUAUAUUGUAUGAAGAGUUACAAGAUUUUGAAACUAAUGCAGAACAAACUAAUACAUUAUUUUCAGUAGGUAAUUCUACAAAAUUAAUGGGAAAUGAAAAUUUAAUUCUAUUAACAAAUGAUAAAAUGAAAGAAAUAUCAAAUGAGGAAAUAGAAUAUCCUGGAAAUAGAAUAAUAAAUAGUGAUACUUUGUGUACAAAUAACGAAUUAAAACCUAUAUUAUAUGAACAAUGCUGUGAUCUUUCAGAUAUUGAUGAAUGUGAAGAAAGUUCUAUGUCAUUAUCACAAUCUUGCCUUCAACAAAUUGAAAAAGACUUUGCACAAUAUAAAUUUGAAGGUGCUGAUGUUCCUAAUAAAGUAGGAAAAUGUAUUAAAGUUUACACUCAUAAAAGACGAAAAUCUAUAGAUGAAAUAAAAAAUAAAUUAACAGAUAUGAAUAACAUAAUUCAGAAUCCACCAUCUACUGAUUGUAUAGACUUAUUGGAUGAGCCGUCCACUACUGAUAUACCAGUUACACUUUUAACAUCAUUAGAUAUGGAGAGUGCUGAAUAUAUUAUAAGUUUAAAUACUAAAAAUAUUCAAUCUAUAGUAGGAGCUACUUUAACAGAACAGCAUUCAUUAAGCAAAUGUAAAGAACUAGAAGAAAUUAUUGAAUGUAAUGCACAACAAGAUAAUAUAAAUAAAACAGAAUUAAAUACUCAAGAUACUGAAAUUUCUAAUUGUUCAAAACCAAUAUUACGAAGAAGUUUACGAUUAAAUCAACAAGAAAUAGAAGAAACUAUAAAUAAUAAUGAAACUAUUAAAACUUCUACUGAAAGAAAAGAACAUUUUAAAAAAUCAAAUUUUUCAAAUAAAACGGAAUUAUGUAUUAAAAGAAAACGUAAAAUAAAGGACAUAGAUCGUAAAGUUCCAGAACAAGUUAUUAAUAAUGUAAUACAACCUAUUAAGAAAACAUUUAAUAAUUCUCGUAGAAAUACAAAAUUAAUUGUUAAAAAAAAUAAAUGUAUAAUAUCUAAUAAAGAAAAAAAUGAGCAAACAGUUAAAAUAACAAGUAAAUUAAAAUGUGGCAUAUCAGAAACAGCAAAUAUUGAUUCCAUUUUUACGUUACCUAAAUUAAAUACAAUAGAACAUAUAAAUCGUGCAUUAUGGGGUGAUAUGACAGAUUUUGCAGAAGAUUAUAAAAAUAGAAUAAAUUUGCUAGAAAAUUCACCAAAUACAGAAAUUCCAUUUGCAGUUGGUUUAUUACCAUUACGUACUGCUUUAGAAAAAAUGCAAGCAACACCAGAUUAUCAACCUCGCAAAACUCGUUCAUCUGUAGCACCAAUAAGACAAGAAAUUAAUAACCUUAAGAGAAAGAAUUGUACUCAUUUAGUUAAAGUUACAGAUUCAAAAAAACAAAAUAUGUGUAUUAAUGAUCCAAAAGAAAAUGCAAAAGCAGUUUGUCAUAUUCAAAUUAGAACAGCGCCAUCACAGUACGUACGAACUCGUAAAAAAUAUCUUUCGACAGAUAUAAAUUCAUUGGAAUCGCCGAUUAUAAUUAAUAAAAAUUAAUAAGUAUUAAAGAAUUACAUAAUGAUAAUAAUUCAAUAUAAUAUUCUUGAAUGUGAAUGUCAAAGGAUAAAAGAGAACGCAUAAUUUUAUGCAUGUUAUUUUAUAUUUUAAAAAACAUAUUUUUAAUAUGGAACUUCUUGUAUAUAAAACACAGAUAUAAAAAAUAGAUAUGCGAUAAACUAUUUAGGUACAUGUAGUUCCUUGAUUUCUAUAAGAAUUCAAGAUAUAUUUUUUUUAUUUUAUUUGAGCGUGUAUGUAUACGCGCAUGUGCUUACUUGGCCAUAUUUUUUAAUUUAUAUUAAAUAUUUCUAUACGUGUAUUAAAUACUAUUAAGAAAAUAAAUAUAAUUAUUUUCUUCAUUGAAUGAAGAAAUAUUAAUUCUCGAUAAAUAAAUAUAUUUUUUG